AUGUUCCAGAAUGUGGCCAAGAACGUUCCGGAGUAUGCGGUCGUCCAGUCGCCCACCUGGACGUGCCGCACAGUGGGGGUCCGGCAGCAGCACAGAGGAUGGGACAUGGGUGCAGUCUGUGAGGCUGCCUCGAGUCCCAGGGGUUACACAUGCAGUCCUUUGGGUGUGCGUGGGGUGGCCGUGUGCAACUUGGUCCUGGCCGCUGACCUGUGCUCCUGCCCCGUGACCAUGCCACCUGACCAGUGCUUCGCGGUGACACGACAGCGCUCUGCUGACCCGAGCUGGGGAAGGACUUGUGUGGAGAGAAGGGGGCAGCAGAGCGCGGCAGUGGCUGAGGUGACGGACGCCUUGGGAAAGCCGCGUCGCGGACGGAUGUCACCGUUCGUGUGCGCAGGGAACUGUUCCAUCGCCGCGUCAGAGCCUCAGAGCCCCCUCCUUUCAUCGACUGAACAGGACGGAUGUUUCCACUUCCCUCGGAUCGUUCACAGGACGCUGGCAGCCAUGUUGGGGGCCCUGGCGGCGCUGGCGGUGCUGGCCGUGAUGGGUGAUAGACCCAGCCUGGCCCGCGUGGUGGAGUGGAUCGAUUUCGAGACGCUGGCGCUGCUGUUCGGCAUGAUGGUCUUAGUAGCCAUAUUUUCAGAAACUGGAUUUUUCGAUUAUUGUGCUGUAAAGGCCUACAGGCUGUCCCGAGGGAGAGUGUGGGCCAUGACCAUCAUGCUGUGUCUCGUUGCCGCCACCCUCUCCGCCUUCCUGGACAACGUCACCACGUCGCUGCUCUUCACUCCUGUGACCAUAAGGUUAUGUGAGGUGCUCAACCUCGACCCGAGACACGUGCUGAUUGCAGAAGUGAUCUUCACCAACAUCGGGGGGGCCGCCACCGCCAUUGGGGACCCUCCGAACGUCAUCAUCGUUUCCAACCAGGAGCUGAGGGAGGCGGGCCUGGACUUCGCGAGCUUCACGGCGCACAUGUUCGUGGGCAUCUGCUUGGUGCUCCUGUUCUGCUUCCCGCUCCUCCGGCUCCUGUACUGGAACGAGAAGCUGUACAACAAGGAGCCCAGCGACAUCGUGGAGCUGAAGCACGAGAUCCACGUGUGGCGCCUGACCGCCCAGCGCAUCAGCCCGGCCAGCCGCGAGGAGACGGCCGUGCGGGGCCUGCUGCUGCAGAAGGUCCUGGCGCUGGAGCACCUGCUGGCCCGCAGGCUGCGCACCUUCCACAGACAGAUCUCGCGGGAGGACAAGAACUGGGAGACCAACAUCCAGGAGCUGCAGAGGAAGCACAGGGUCUCCGACGGCGUCCUCCUCGCCAAGUGCCUGCUGGUGCUGGGGCUCGUCAUCCUCAUGUUCUUCUUCAGCUCGUUCGUCCCCGGCGUUCAUCUCGGUCUCGGGUGGAUCGCUGUUCUGGGCGCCAUCUGGUUGCUGAUCUUGGCCGACAUCCAUGAGUUCGAGAUCGUUCUGCACCGAGUGGAGUGGGCGACGCUUCUGUUCUUCGCUGCGCUCUUCGUCCUGAUGGAGGCGCUGGCACACCUCCACCUGAUAGAGUACGUCGGAGAACAGACGACGUCGCUCAUAAAGAUGGUCCCUGAGGACCGGCGCCUGGCCGCCGCCAUCGUGCUGGUGCUCUGGGUGUCGGCCACCGCGUCGUCGCUGAUCGACAACAUCCCGUUCACAGCCACCAUGGUCCCCGUGCUGUUGAACCUGAGCCGAGACCCCGAGGUCAGCCUGCCUGCACCUCCGCUCAUGUACGCGCUGGCCUUCGGGGCCUGCCUGGGAGGCUGGGCUUUCCAAUGGUGGUCGUCUCCUGCACGGUUGGCAUGUGUUACCUCCUGGUCGUUCACGUCGUGAUGGGGUGGAGCUAAGACGUGUGUCGCGGAACAGCUGACGGGACCUGAGCAGCACCAGCCCUGGAUCUGACGCCCCCAGGGGCCCUCAGACGCAGAGGUGCGUCCCCUGGGGCCGCUUGGCCACCGAGCUCCCCCCUCCCCGCCCCUUUUCAGUUAAUGCUGGCCAGUCACGUCCCAUAGACACGUUACACAGGAACCUGCAAGGAAGUCGUACCCUGAGCGCGUACCCCAAAUAGUGUGUAAGGAAACAUUUUAUUAAAAACGAAGUGUCCCGAGGAGGAGACUCGGAAUGUUACCCUUCAUUCUCCAUCUGCCCUCAUCUGCGCGGAGCCAGGUGGACACGGGGACGCCACGCGGCUCCCCCCGGAGGCAGGUGGACGCGGGCGCGGCCAUGCUCCUCGGCCAGCAGGGGACCUGGAAUAACAAACGGGUUUAACCCAGGACGCUGCGUUCCUUUCCCGAUGCCAGCCCUCCUCCCGCCCUGCGGCCAGAGAGGCUUCACAGCUCUGCUCGCUCUUGCGUAGUCGACGUUCGCUCAGCCGGGGUCUUGGGCCCUUGUCACUGCCCGCCGCUCUGCGUCACCUGCGCGGCUGCCUCUGUGGGCGGUGCCUGCGGGAGUCUGCCCUGUCAGGUCCCCAAACGCCAGCCGCUGUUCAUCUUCAAGUGCAUGGGAGCUAAGUGCGCCAGGCGGCUGUGAGUUCAGGCAGGGAAAAUGGGUCACGUCCCAGCAGAAACACCAAGGGAAGGGGCCGCAGAAGAAGAGCCUGAGAAAGGAGGAAGGCGGCCGAGCCCCCAGGGAGGGGGACCCCGGUGCAGGGGACACCCCGGUCACAGCGGAAGGAGCUAAGUGGGGAGGACCCGGCCGGCCCAGGGAGGAAAAGCCCCCGCGUGAGUGGGCCUGGGGGAGGGCGAGUCCCCCCAGCCACCGAGAGCCCUCAUCCACGCCGCGUCAGACGGUCGGCUGGCAAGGUCAGUCACUGUGACGGGGACGGCACCCCCGGUCCGGGAGCUGUCUUGUUCCGGGGGAGCGGGAGCUGCGGGCGGGGUGACUUGCCGUGUGCGGACUGCUCUGCAGGACGGGGCGUCUGGUCGGUCUGACCGGAGGAGGCUUUGC